GCGACGCCACGGUGUCGCGCGAUGGGCUGACUCUUCCACCAUGGAGAAGGAGAGUCGCGAGCGCAUCAGGCGCGGGCGCGAGGCGCGCGGCACGUCGCCCCGCGCGGCGCUGCGCCGCGUGCUGUUGCUGGCCGAGGGCAGGCAGUUCCGCGAGGCGGCCGCCGUGGUGGCCAGGGCGGGCAGCGGGGUGCUAGCGCCGCUCGCCGCCGAUCUGCCGCUGGACCUGCUAGCAGACAGCCUGCCGCACUCCGCUGUACUCAUCGAGCUGCUGCUCAACAGGCUGGUGGAGUUGGACGUGUCACCGCGGCCGUCGCUGCCGGUGGAGGCGCUGGCGUGGCGGCUGGCGGCGCUGCUGGGCGGCCCGGCGGGUGCCGGCGAGGCUGCGCGGCUGGCGGGAGCGGCGCGAGCGUUGGCGCGCUACCAGCCCGCGCUGCCCGCGGCGGUGGACGCGCGGCGCCGGCAGCUCGACCAGGCCGUACACGGUCUGGGCACUCAUGGCCUGACCGCGGCCGCAGGUGACGGCGGCGACAGCGAGCUGGUGUCGCUGCACGCCGCCCUGCGCGACGCGCUCGCCGCCCACGUGGAGGCGUACAAGCAAGCGCUGCACAAAGUUCAGGAGCUGAGCGCCGUGACGGCGGUGACGGCGCCCGCCGCCUCCUCGCACCAGCGCUUGCUGGCGCUGCCGGCGGCGGACGUGGAGCGGCGGCUGAUCGACAACGCGUCGCUGCUGGCGGCGGUGCGGCGCGCGCCGCCCACGCUGGCCGCGCUGGCGGCGGCGCUGGACGCGCGCGUCGCCGCCGACAAGCAGGUGCUGGCGUGCGCGGGGUUAGUGCGCCGCGCCGACCCGCACAACCAUAAACCACCGCCCGCUAACGACACUAGGCCGGUGGCUGGCGUGCUGAUGAGCUACUCCCGCGGCUGCGCCACGCUGCUUUCCCUGAUGACGGACGGCAAGGGCCCGGCGCCGUCCGGCGCGCAGCCGGAGCCGGGCCCGGAGCCGGAGCCCGCGCCGGAGCCGCCGCGCUCGCCGCCGGACUCGGCCAGCGACGGCUACCACUCCGACAGCGACCACUCGCACCCCGCCCCCGACAGGUACGUGUUGACUCGUCCGGUACGUGUUGACUCGUCCGGUACGGAGCCGGGGCCGGGUCCGGAGCCGGAGCCCGCGCCGGAGCCGCCGCGCUCGCCGCCGGACUCGGCCAGCGACGGCUACCACUCCGACAGCGACCACUCGCAUCCCGCCCCCGACAGGUACGUGUUGACUCGUCCGGUACGUGUUGACUCGUCCGGUACGGAGCCGGGGCCGGGUCCGGAGCCGGAGCCCGCGCCGGAGCCGCCGCGCUCGCCGCCGGACUCGGCCAGCGACGGCUACCACUCCGACAGCGACCACUCGCAUCCCGCCCCCGACAGUCCGGAGCCGGAGCCCGCGCCGGAGCCGCCGCGCUCGCCGCCGGACUCGGCCAGCGACGGCUACCACUCCGACAGCGACCACUCGCACCCCGCCCCCGACAGGUACGUGUUGACUCGUCCGGUACGUGUUGACUCGUCCGGUACGGAGCCGGGGCCGGGUCCGGAGCCGGAGCCCGCGCCGGAGCCGCCGCGCUCGCCGCCGGACUCGGCCAGCGACGGCUACCACUCCGACAGCGACCACUCGCACCCCGCCCCCGACAGGAGCAGCGUUGUGGCGGGCGCGGUGGCCGCGUACGGCGAGGCGUGGGCCGGCGCGGCGGCGCGCUGGCUGCCCGCGCUGGCCAACCUGCCGUGUCUCCGCCGCGCUCCGGCCUUGCCGCACAAGAUCGUCUUCUCCGUGGUGGUGUUAUCGUUCCGCGCGGCGAUAAGUCUGCGCGACAAACGACUGGCCGAGGUGAAGGCGCUGCUGGGCGCGGACGACCCCCCGCACCCCGCGCAGGCGACGGCGGGGGAGGACAGCGGCUCCGAGGGCGCGGGGGCGGGGGAGGAGGCGUUAGCGCGGCUCACGGCGGCCGCUACCAGAGUAUUACGGGCGAAGGCGCAUGUCACGCCGCUGCAUGAUGCCGAGCGGACCGUCGUCACACAGGUGGCGAGCACACUGCGCGAGUACACGGGCCUGGCGGAGAGCUCGGCGCUGCGCGCGCUGACGGCGGCGUGCUGCCGCGCCGCGUGGAGGCUGGUGCUGGCGGCGCCGCAGCUCCGACUCGACACCGACUUCACCGCCACACGCUUCGACCCCGAGAAGCACGUGGUGUGGGUGGCGGGCGCGGGGCGCGCGGCGGCGGCGGGCGGCGCGCGCGGGCAGCCCAUCCGCAGCUUCGUGUGGCCCGCACUGCUCGACCGCCAGCGCGUGCUGUUCCGCGCCGUCGUGCUGGUGUGACGGCGGCGGGC